CCCGCAAACUUCACUUUCGAUCGGCCGAUAGUUUGGUUGAGUUCGGCUGUUAAGUGUGCACACUGGCCCAACUAAACAGUUGGUUCUGUGAUGAGUGCGCACACUAGACAACUAUCGGCCGACAGUUUUAGGGACGAUUCGCUAUUAGUUUUAAAUCGGCUAUUGAUGAAUCUGGCCGACUAAACAAUCGGUGGUGUGCGCGCCUAGAAGAGCGCUGUACUGAUUUAACAGUCGACCGAUAGUUUGCUGACGGUUCAGUUUGAAGGCAAUCGUGUAGCCCAUCAAAAUUUUAUGUCGGCCAAUACCGAAUCGUUAUAGUGUGCGCACUCUCAUACAUCUUCAAACUGAUUAACAAACCAACCAAACUAUCGGCCGAUCAAAAGUCUGCAGUUUGCGGGGUCUCUAAGGUUUGACAGUAAAUGAUUGCAGUAUGGGUGUUUACCGCUAGAUGGCGGUAAAAAUGGAAGUAUGAAUCUUAGAAUUUCAAUAACAAAUAAUAUUUGUUAAAUAAACACGCAUGUUUAGGCUAUUGAAAUAAAAUAAAAAAGCAGUUUAAGGUAUACUUGUUCCUCGAAUCACACAAACUAAAAUAUUAGGUUGGCCAUAUGGUACGGAAACUACAUGCGAAACACAAACAACUAUGUAGAUGUAUGAAGAUUUCAAAACCUAGUAUUGUCAGACUAGAGCGUGGUUCUACGACUAGUUAGAUCUACAGUGCUUACCUUGCUAUAAAAUCAACGCACGCCACUGAUUAAAGUGGACCUCCAGCUUUCUCACAGAUGCAUCAUACAGGUAGUUGACGGUUAACAGUCGAACCCGAAGCCCGAGAACGCUUGCGUUCCUCAAGGCUGUGAGCAGCUCAUAUCUCCUGCACUGUUUCUUCUGCAUAUCAAUGAUGUUGCGCACUCCUCAACAUGCAUUGUUAUGCGGAUGACAGCUGUACUGUAGAAGCCGUAUAAAUCCUCGACCAAUGCCAGAAAAAACUAGUGUCUUCUAUCGAGUCCUCUCUUGAUAUGGUCGCGGAAUGGUGUGAAAUGAACCUUGUCCAGUUUAUCCCCAGAAGACUCAAGUAUGCGCGUUUUCUACAAAAAAUAAACCAUUUGUUGUAUCAUCGCUCUUCUCUCUCUCCCUCGAGGGAAGGUGACCCUUCCCUUAAUGCCUCGCCUAGUAUCGGAAUACUGGGUCUCAAAAUCUCGAGCGAUUGCCAAAGUCAAACUGGCAUAAAUAGAGUACGGCAAAACUUCAAGUCGGCUCAUAUUCUAGCCCUUUACAACGCGCAGCUCCAGCCACAUUACAGAGUAUUGCUGUCAUCUCUGGUCUGGCGCACCCAGCACCAGUAUCAGCUCGAAUCAUUUGGCCGCGUGCACCUGCUCAAAUUGCGAUUUUGCUGGCAGCGACGGUGAAUAAACAAUUGUUAAAUUGAGACCAGCCGUAGGUACUAAACGAAAAUCAUAAAACGUAACCUAUCAUGCAUAAUUAGGUACGUUUUGUUAAAAUAAUAUUACUUGCGUUGUAAAAAGAUUGAUACAUUAAGAGCAGUAGCAUACGUGAUAAAGGAUUCUACAACCUUAGAAAUAUUGUGGAAAAAAUUGUCGAUUAUUUGUACCAUUCAUGAGAUGCUAUUCUCGUAACUUCAAUAUCGUUGAAGUUCUAUCUAGUUACGAGAAUACUCAUCGUCGAUUUCCCUAAAUCGGAACGUCGCUUCGAUCUUAUUCUCAUUUUAUUAGGAGAAUAGGCCUAAUGGUGAAAUAAAUAGUACAAUAUUCAGCCAAAUCAUUAGUAGGUUCAAAUUGUCAUUCUCAGAACAAAGACCAAGCUCAAAGAGAAUUUAAACACUACGUUCAGCCAAGCUUGGCCACCAUUUUCUACUGUUUUUUUUUCCGGGUUAAAGCCACGUCCGCGCAUGACACAAAAAGGAUGUAAGUACUACGUAAUAAGAAGCGGGACUGUCUUAGUAAAACUUGAAAUUUAGUUUAGUAUGACGAAGUAUAAUCCGGCCAUGUUUGAAAGCGAACAGUUGCAUAAAACGUAGUGGAUUUCGGGUAUCUCCAUUUCUUACAAGUUUAUAGCCGUCGUCUGUCAAUCAUUGAUAUGACUGCAUGUUUCCAUACCACGGAACAGAAAAAAAUAGUUUUUUCAGUUCUGUGUUUCAUACAAUCGCACAAAUUUUGAUCAAGUAUCUGUCACCUUGAAGUAUUCUUUUGGAUUUCUGGUGCUCAUCCGUCUAUAGGUACAAGAUAGGUACCUAGUACUCUACAAAAUGCAAAAAAAAAUCGCAAAGGUUGUCACAAGCUGUCAUUGUCGUUUGUCACAAAAGUAAAAUAGCUUGAAAUUUGAAAUUGAGUAGGAACAAAUUACAAAAUACAAAUUGACAACAAACUACGAAGUGUGACUAAAAUUUCACCUCCCAUCAAUGCAACUUUUCAUUAAAUUAAUUUAUCAUUAUAAAACAUAAAUGAAAACCAGGCUUGUAAGAACAAAUUAUAUAUAAAAUGGCUUCAACUUCUAAUGAUAUUGUUGCAAAUAGUUCGGAGGACUCGAAAAAUGAGUUAGAACCAGGCGCUAGUUACGAUAGUAUAUUAAAUCCUACAGAUUCUUUUGAGGAGUUUGCUUCUGAUAUACACCCUAGUCUUGAAGAUAGACAAUCAGAACUCACGAAUAAGUCUAGUACAAUAAGUGAAAUACAAAGUGAGAUUGGCGAACCUUCCAAGAAUAUGAAAGAAUCCAAAUCUAGUGACAAUUUACAGAGCAAAGAUGAAGGAAUGUCAUCUUCAGCAAGUAUCUCUAACAUCACAGAAGAAAAUGGGGAUGAAACUGAUGAGAAUGAUGUGGAAGAGUACCUCAAAUCGCCAGAGCUAGUUAACAAGGAAAAACAUGUAUUUAUAUUGAGUACAGCUGGGAAACCUAUCUAUUCAAGGUAUGGCAAUGAGGAUAAAUUAGCUGGACUGUGCGGAGUCAUCCAAGCCUUAGUUAGUGUUGUAGAAGAACAAAAACAUGACAUUCUCCGGUCUAUGUCCUCAGCAGACUGUAAAGUGGUGUUCAUGGUGAAAGGCCCGCUUAUAUUGGUUGCUGUUUCUAAGUCAAAUGAAAGUGAGAAUCAACUUGUAUUACAACUAACUUAUGCCUUCAAUCAAAUCGUCUCAAUCCUAACGUUGACACAACUGAACAGAAUAUUUGAGCAGCGGCGCAAUUACGACCUCCGCAGACUAUUGGCCGGAGCUGAAAGACUUAUAGACAACCUAUUUAUAUUCAUGGAGAAAGAUCCGGCGUUUCUAUUAGGAGCCGUCAGAUGCCUGCCAUUGCCAGAGAAGGUCAGAGAAAAUAUCACAAGUGCUAUUACUUCGACUUGUCAUAAGAUAAGGGAUUUAGUGUUCGCUAUCCUCAUAGCUGGUAACCAGCUGAUAACAUUGGUGAGGAUGAAGAAGUAUACAUUGCACCCAUCGGAUAUUCAUUUGCUGUUCAAUCUGGUGAGGAGUUCAGAGUCGUUUAAGACCGCAGAGAGUUGGACGCCGAUUUGUCUGCCGAAGUUCGAUGCUACGGGUUUCCUUCACGGCCACGUCUCAUACAUAGCUGAGGACUGUCAAGCGUGUCUACUACUCCUCACAGUUCAAAGAGACGCAUUCUAUCCACUAUCACAAGCAAAGCAUACCAUAUCAGAAAAGCUGAGGAGGUCAAACUGUCUGGUAGCCAUCAACGAUGCGUUGAACAGGAACAAGGAUCUUCCUACAACGAAUCCGCUGAAAAAUAUUGGAGUGUUGGAGAUAAGGCAUUUUAUGUACAAAUGCAAAUCAACUGCACAGUUGUUUACAUCAGAUCCUAUAAGUCUGGACCGGUUGCAAGACUAUCGGCUUCAGCACACAGAAGGUGGGGAUGUUGGGAAGAAGGUAGUGAAGAAACUGUCUGAUAUAGACUAUGUAAGGAAUUACAGGAAGUUUUGCAGCCAGAUACAUUGCACGCGAGCGCCGGCCAAGUUGAUAUUUCGGUCUAAUUCACAGGAUACUGUUCUGGCUUGGGUCACAAAUGGCUUUGAACUUUACGUGACGUUCGACGCCUUGAUGGAGAAAGACAGAGCUAUCAGAGCGGUGGACCAGCUUCUGAGGUGGAUUAAGGAGCUGGAGAAACGAAUAUUUAUAAUGAAUGCGCCUACUUUUUAAACUGAGACCGCUUAUGAGCUCAAGCUUACAAAUAAUUUUUGGGCACUUUUUUGCCAGUGAAAAAACUGCACUCAUGUGAAAUCCAAUCGAUGCAGCCUUAGCUACAAGACCUGGGAAUAUUGAAUUAUUCUUAGUGAAAUACUCAUUCGUAAGAAAGCAAUAAUGAAUUGUCUUAGUUUGAAGAUGUCAUGAAUUUGGGAUCUCUUAUAAAAAAAACUAUUUAAAUUAUGUUGAUGGUAUAAUGUGUGACUCCUUAAAAUGCUGUAUUCUCAGGGGCAAAUGAUGUCAUGUUUGGCCCUUUGUCUUUACCUGUAAGCCCGGACUUUUGAAUAACCAUAAUAACCAUUGCUUUUGGAAAAUAUCUCAAUGACAUGUUUAUCCAGCAACAAUUUUUUUUUUGUGAUACCAGUCUUGAGCUAGUCUCUGUAUAAUAAUAUCAGAACAUGAGCUGAAACGGAUAUCUAGCAAAUUUUCAGAUCUAUAUCCGACCUUACGAAAAUAAAUUUACAUCAAUUUAAGAGAUUCUUUUAAGAUUCAGUUUGAUUAUGUAAAUCACUCGUCCAAAUAUUUUUAAAAAUUAGUUACCUACUCAAGAUUUAAAAGUAGUACAUUUUAUGAAUAGACUAAUACAGAUGUGAUGGAUGAGUAACUGUCAAAAUUGCCCACUGUACUUACGUAAUGAGCAAUGGGCCAAAUCUGUGAGCCUUGAUACUUGCCAAAUAUAUUGUACUAGGCCAAACUACUAAGUGGUUUUUCACCAUCUCAUCCCAAUCAAAUUCACAAUAUGAGUUGAACAAAGACAUAUCAAGAUUUAUGAACUUUACGUUACUGGAACGGUUGGCUCAGUGGAAGAGCGCUCGCACGGAACGCGAGAGGUCGCGGUUUCGAUUCCCGCAUCGUUCAUAAAUUUUGUUUUUAAAUUUAUGUAAUCACUUUAAAAAAAUAACAAAUCGUUUAUGUAUACCAUAGUGUUAACUUUAAAGAUUAAUAAAGAAUUACGGAGGACUAUCAUUAGAAAAUCAUUUUUGCUUACAUAAUAUAAUAGCUAAGUAUGUAAUAUAUAGGUGAAAUCAUGUUUAUAUCGAUUAAAUAUGUUAAAGUUAUAUUUAUAUAUACGAAUAAAAAUUGUGAUAUUAUUGAGAAAAUAUGUUGUUUUAUAGUACAAUUGAGUUCUAUUUUUGUGUAGAGAAUGUAAAUUGUAAAUAAAAUGUAAUAUGUUUCAUGA